AUGGCAUCUGCGUCGAGGCCAGCAUCACACAAGCGGUACACAGCUCGGAAUACCUAUCAAGGAGCGGUGCCACCAGCAGCUGUUCUGAUCGAGGACUUUGUGGCGGAGCGUGCGCAUGACGCGGGCAAGCUUGUCGAAUCAUUGGACCAUGAAGCCAUUGUGCCGAAACAUUUGCGGCGGCGCGCGAGAAGUUGGCGGCCCUUUGGUUUGUUGCGAUGUCGCCCGCCAGUGAUGGCGGAUGCACGGGUUGUGCGACGCAAGAGGAACAGAUACCGAUCCAUAACCACCACAAAUGAUUCUGCAGCGGUGCUCGCUGCCGAGAAGGAGCCCGGAACUGGUAACGUUCGUGUCCGUGUGCGGAAGCAUUGGAGGCGCCCUGCCAUUUUAUUGAAGGCCCAUGCUGUUUGGGUGCCGGCGCUUGCGGGCACCUCGCAAUCCUCGCAGAAGUACCUUCAGACCCACAUAUGGCAUGCCAAGCGAGCACACAUGGAGAACCUUUGGAACCAUCGGCUGGCUACCCGAAACUGUGGUCUCGGGGUUCGUGCGCUGUACCGAGGCAUAUCUCGGCAGUGUUGCAUGCACGAUCGGAGCUACAUGCAGCUGAUUGAGAUCUUCGGGUCCGAAGACUCUAUCGUACACACCUUGAAUCGCUGUGGGGUCCACAAGCGCUUAGCUCUCAGUGCAAGCGCACGAAGUGGAAGCCGUCGAUUUCGCUCGAUGCUAUAUGCAUGCGACACAGCCCAGCUCGUCGCUCCGGUGUUGAUGUUGUGGUGCCCAUCAUCGUGCACCAAGCCACGAGAAACACAGGAACCCAGCAGCGAAGAGGAGAUGUUGCCUUUCGUUGUUGAUGUCGGGCAGGACAACGCCCCGCAACCGGACAUCAUGUCAAUCGAUGAGGAUAGCAAGCAGGACCAGGUUGAAGGUUGCAAGAUAUGGGUCUGGGUGCAUCCAUCGGCAGCGGACGAGGCGCUCUCCAACCUCAGCUUGGCGGCUCAGCAAGCUGCCGGCACACCCAGUGGCAGCAGGCCUUCUGUCACUGCGAUGCCGGGCCUUGGAUUCUUGGAGCUUUCUGGACCGAAAUCUUUGGAGGUACUUGCCCGCGUGCUUCCAGCAGAGGUGUGUCGAGACUCUGCUGCUACAAGAUUGUGGCGACAGGUUUCUUCGGCCUGUGGCGGUGCGCGGGUGGUUCCACCCCACGGUGCCGUGCUAGCCAUCCAGUUGGAGGAGUCGUUUCUAAACCAGUGCAAAACGCCUGGGCGUGCAGCUGGCAGGCAACAUAGUCAAGGCGACCAUGGAAGCGAGUGGCUCGCUCGCUGGCCGCAGCAGGUGCAGCAGUGCCACCUCUGGGAGACCGUCUCGAUGGAGGAUGGACUCGAUGUUUUGUUGGUUUUCCGUGGCGGUGGCAGGAUAGCUGACUGUGCUGCUGGUGUGGACGUGAUCCUUCCAGCAGGUGCUUGCCACAAGCUGUGGUUGCGGUGCUACUUUGCCGGCUGUCGAGCCAUCGGUGUGCGUGAUCGCCACUCGCUGCUCUCUGAUGCAGCUCUGCCGGAGUUUCCUUUCGAUUUUCCAGAUACGCAAGCUGGACAGCAGCAAUCAGCCCAAGAGGGUUCGGAGUCGCGGGCUCGCUUUGAACGCCGACCACCUGCCAAGCGCCCCAACUUUGAGUUGCUCGCCGUUCAUUCUCCUCAUCUACUUGACUGGGGUCUUCUUGCUGCCAAGGACGACCAGCAGAGGCCACAAGUGUGCCGGACCAGCCAACUGGUGCUGCUCUCACAGCCGCGAAGUUGUUUCUCGCAUCCAGGCCUUCUACCUGUGACCGUUCGAAGCGCUGGGCGUGGUAUGCCUCGAGGCAAGUGCCAUCUCUACCGACCUUCCGCCGAAGACCUGAAUCGUGUGAAAGCACCAGGAGUUGGAAAACCUGGUGGCCAUGGCCGUGGCGAGUCUCGCCCCAUGCGCGUGCCUUCGAGGGACCACCCACCCUCCCUUGGGCCGCUUGACGUGCUCCGCUUGGAGUCGCGGCAAUACAUAUGCAAACAUUUCUGCCGGGAAGAACAGAGAUCUUCUUUCAGCAUUUUAUUCCUAAGCCUCACUUUACAGACGCACUGCCUGACGUUUGAUCCCGCACAAGUGAUGGCCCCCUGCGUGGUGCCCAUGAGAGAGCUUGCCAAUGAGUCAGAAGAUUUUGACUUCUCCGGUGCUUUAGGCACACGAUAUCAGGAGACGCGGGCUUUGAGGACCAAUCCUCCAGCGGGACUACGUGAGGGCUUACUCUCCCACUUUACAGCGUUCCAGCUGCGGGCGAAGAGUACCCAUGAACAUGUGGAAGCCACGAGAGCGCCAGUGGACGUAUUCAAGGCCGAGCAGAUGUUGCUUGACUAUGCUGAGAGCCUGGCUCGUGAAAUCGCUGCAGGACGCGAUGAGCUCCGCCGGUCUGGCAAGUGCCAAAUGAAUGCGGAGCUCAGUGCCCAGCAUGAUACGCUUUGCUUCUGUCUCGCGGUGCUGGAGCUGAUCAUCGAGACGGCCCUUCGGCGUUAUGCUCCCACUGCACCUGGGCUCUUGCGGUGGUACUGUCGGCACUAUCUGGAAGGUGAAGAGGACGUUUCCGAUUGGUACCAAGGUGCGCAAGACGCGUCGUCAGAUGAUGUCCUGUGUGAGGAUUCCCCUUUUUGGGAGCCGAUCUGCCGGUUGGCGCUUGCUGACCGGAAGAGCGAAGUUGUCCAAUUGUUGAAGGGGAGCUCCGCAAGACGGGACAGUCACAUCAUUCUGUUUUGCGAUUUCCUUUCGAAGUUCCCGUCUAUGCGAGAGAUGGAGCUCGCUGGGGCGAGCGCCGUUGAAUUUGGCCAGGCCAUAGUGGAAAUGCAGGAUGCAGCACAAGGCAUCGCACGCCAGCUCCCAGAGAAGCAUCCUUUGCGGCAGCUGUUGGAAGUUUACAUGAGGGCGAGCCAGGUUGACUUCGAAGCAAACCGGGACAUAUCCUGGAAGUAUAGCCGGAGCUGGAUUGAGGACUUCGUAUUCAGCCAUGCAUGGGUAUUUCCUGACCUUCGGCGUGCGGAGCUCGGAGACUUGCUUCAGGCAGUUGCCCGACGUCGACAGGACGAAAGCAUCGACAACGUAGACAGGGCUUUCGUCGCAGCCGUGAAGUGUGACGUGCCAGCUUUGCUGGAGCUGCUUACUUCCAUGCCGGAUAAGUUUCCUCAAUAUUUCGUGGUGCAUUUAGUGGACUUGCUGUACUAUGCAGGGCGACUGUCACUGUCUGUCGAGCCCGACACUAAUCUUGCACCGCGGGACUGGCAUCUCAUAGCAUAUGCUGCGGACCUGUGCCAGCCACCGCAGCAGCUGCGUUGCGCUCUGAACUAUUUGCGAGCGGGCGGUGCCAGUCAAGUUGCACGAUGCUUACAGGUAAUGGCUGACAAGUACUGUGCCAGUGCGGUCGGUGACAACAAGUCUAUGUGGGAAGCAUUGUCAGUCUUGGAUGACUUGGAGUUGGGUGAACUGGGUCGUCAACAUUGCUGGCAGCGCGCGCGACUUCUCCAGAGUUCCAGUGAUUUGCUUGGUGCUUUGUCCUGGGCAUGUUGGGCAGUUGUGGGCAUUCCAAGCUUGGAGCAAGAGGAGAUUUGUGUGGACAAGCUAGAUAAAGGAGCAGCUGAUAUCUCGGACUUCUGUGAUGGAAUUGUCGAGAACGGCAUGUUUGCUCUCCUCGAGGCCCUUGCUCCAGCAAACCUGGAAGAAUCCUUCGACGACUGUCCCUCUCCUUCGUUAUUAGCCGCGAUGGCCCCACCUGGUGCCCCAGCACCUCUGCCAACGCUUCCAGCUUCUGCUCGCCUCUACUUCUUCAUCCAGUAUGCCCGCUGCCACGCAUUGCAUGUGGCUGGCAGGCCGACUGCGUCUUGGGCGCCUGUCCUGGUGAAGUUGUUAUCCCAUGGUUUUGCUUCGGCUGCCGUGCAGCUUCAGGUGUUGCAGGAGGAACUUUCUGGGGUGCUUGAAGAGGAUCCCUGCCCCUUCGAGACAGAGGAGGUUCUUGCACUUAUGCGGAUUGCCAAUGUGGCAAUGGCCGAAGAGCCGAAGGAGACUUCUGAGAAGGAGCCGCGGCACACUGUGUAUCGCUUGAGACGACGGCGAGCCGAGGGAGCGGAGACCAGGAAAGCCGAGGUGGCCGCCAUCCGGCCACUGGUCGGAUUCGUGACAUCUGGAAGCUUCUCUUAUCGACAUGGAUGUGGUGCAGGUGUCGGGGCUGUUGUCGCCGGGGUUCUUGGUGAUCUGGUACAGCAAGCAGGUGCAGCCGGUGAUGUGCCCCGAUGGAUUUGGCUCUGGGCACGGAACACGACAUCCCUUGUCUACUUCCCGGUUUGGGUGCAGUGCCUCCCUGACGACCAGGGCUUCGGAUGA